CGGGUCGUUAGCGGAUACGGUGGCCGCAGGGGUGGUGCCAGCGGCCUCUGCCCGGCUCGGCGCCCGGCUCGGCGCCCGGCUCGGGGCCUGACUUGGCCCUCUCGUCUCGCGGCUGCGGUUCCACCAUGGCUCCCAAAGGCGGCUCCAAGCAGCAGUCCGAGGAGGACCUGCUCCUGCAGGAUUUCAGCCGCAACCUGUCGGCCAAGUCCUCGGCGCUCUUCUUCGGGAACGCCUUCAUCGUGUCCGCCAUCCCCAUCUGGCUAUAUUGGCGAAUAUGGCAUAUGGAUCUUAUUCAGUCUGCUGUUCUGUAUAGUGUGAUGACCCUAGUAAGCACUUAUUUGGUAGCCUUUGCAUACAAAAAUGUGAAAUUUGUUCUCAAGCACAAAGUAGCACAGAAGAGGGAGGAUGCUGUUUCCAAAGAAGUGACUCGGAAACUUUCUGAAGCUGAUAACAGAAAGAUGUCUCGGAAGGAAAAAGAUGAAAGAAUCUUGUGGAAGAAGAAUGAAGUUGCUGACUAUGAAGCUACAACAUUUUCCAUCUUCUAUAAUAACACCCUAUUUCUGGUCUUGGUCAUUGUUGCUUCCUUCUUUAUAUUGAAGAACUUCAACCCCACAGUGAACUACAUUUUGUCCAUAAGUGCUUCCUCGGGCCUCAUCGCCCUCCUGUCUACUGGCUCCAAGUAGAGCACGUCAGCUUCCCUCCACUGCCCUGGCUUUGUGUCUAUGGGUGGCCUGUGGUAUAUGGAAAAGUAGCAGGGUGGUCAGGGUGGAAGACACACAAGCUGUUUUUGUAAGUCUGGAGUUUGAGGGUUUGAAAAACCCAACAAAAUGUAAUUCAUUAUUUGUUUAUUGGCUCUUUUUUUUGACAGAUUGUUGAAAUUAAAUGAAUUGAAAGGGAAA